CUGAAAGGAAGAUUUUAAAGAUGUUUGUUUGAUUUAUAAGCACAGUACAUUACGAACAUAAAACCUAAGAAUCUCACCCCCGCCCCUCCCACUGUGGCCCGUGACGUGACCAGAUCAGACGGCACCAUGAACAGCCAGAUGGACAGUCACGUGGGUCAGGCAGACAGCUGCGACCGCUCGCGGUGCCAUCAGAAGCCCUACGACCCGACCACUUCCGGUCACAUGUUCGACUGGUGGAGGUGCUGUCCUGAUGGGGCCAUCGUGCGGCCCUGCCCGCCCCCACCGGCACCCCCCUCUACACCACCCCACUGCCGCCUGCCCCCACUACAGCCGGAGCAGUUCGACUGGCCGCUGUUUGAGGGACCACACAAAAAGACGGUGGACACGAACAAAUGUGACGACGACUGUCAGGUCAGCGAGGACUUCUGGCCGGACAAGUGCCGGAAGAAGCGGAAGUUGUUGUCCUACCGCCCCCCGUGGAUGCCAGCUAUGAUACCCAACCAGUGGGGCGUGGUCAAGUACCCCCCGCCCUACACCCACUACUGCAGGGAGCGGGGGAAACCCAUCUACUUUGUCCACAAGGUGUAGGCAGCAAUGGACAAUAGAACAAUGGAACAUUUGGGUGUAGCUACAAUAGAACAGUUAGGGGUAGCUGCAAUAGAACAUUUGGGGGGGGGGGGGUAGUUACAAUAGAAC